AUGGAGGCGACGGCGGUGAGCUUGGGAAAGGCCGUGCUUGAUGGUGCGCUGGGCUACGCCAAGUCCAAGGCGGCGGAGGAGAUCGCGCUGCAGCUUGACGUUGAGCGCGACGUGGACUUCAUCACGGACGAGCUGCAGAUGAUGCAGUCGUUCCUGGAGAUGGCUGAUGAGGACAACGGCCAGAACAAGGUGUUCAUGACCUGGGUGAAGCAGAUCCGCGACCUGGCCUACAAAGUGGAGGACAGUCUCAUGGAUUUUGGCCUCCACUCGGAGAAGAAGCCGUUAUGGGGGUGCAUCCCCUGCAACUUAUCUGACCGACGCCAAAUUGCCAAGGAAGUGAAGGAGUUGAGAGCCAAGGUGGAGGACGUGAGCAACAGGAACCUGCGCUACCGCCUCAUCAAGGACCGCAAAGAUAACUCUGACUCCAAGGCUACCGCGGCCGAAAAACAGGCCAACAUUGCUAGUGCUGCAAUGCUUGGCAUCAACGAAGCAACACUUGCCACUCAGGAGCAGGAAAAAACAGAGGUGAACCUCCACCAGCUGAUCACCAGCGAGGAGGAGGAUCUUAGGGUUAUUGCGUUGUGGGGAACAAGCGGUGAUCAUGGGAAGACGUCCGCCAUCCAGGAGCUUUAUGAUGAUCCAAAGGUAUUAAAAAAGUUUGGAUUGUGUGCUUGGGUUAGGUUGAUGUAUCCUUUCAAUCCGCAAGAGUUCCUCCGGAGCUUGGUGAGGCAAUUCUAUGAAAAAUCUCAUGAUGAGGUUGGAAAGCAAGAAAGUAUAACAAAUGUCGGGGCUAAUAGUUUUGCAAAGAUGGAGAAGAUGGAUCAAAGUGAUUUAAUCAGUGUGUUUAGUGCACAGUUGCAUAGCAAUAGUUACCUGAUUGUGAUAAAUGACCUAUCAACCAUAGAAGAGUGGCAUUGCAUCAAAAAAUAUUUCCCCAACAACAAGAAACAAAGUAGAAUCAUUGUUUCGACGCAGAAUGUUGAAAUUGCAAGCUUGUGCACCGAGAAACCGUACCAAGUGUCGGAGCUCAGGCAGUUGUCAUGUGAUCAAACUAUUUAUCUUUUCCACAAGAAGAAUACAAAGGAGAACAGCAUGUCCAGUGCUAGUAUGGUGAUGUUUCCUACUAACGAAGCAAGGCUUACUAACGUGGAAGAGAAACUGAAGGCUGUGCAUGAAGGAAUGCCAACCAAUGAAAUACAACAGGAAGAUGAACGACCUAAGCCUGCAGGUGGCAAUAAAGUUUUUAAUUCAACUGCUACAAAGAAGUUUAAUCGCAGCAGUACACUGGCACUGGUUGAUGGAGUUCUCACUGGGCGAGAAACAGAGAAAUCUAAUGUCAUCAAAUUAAUUGGUCAACCCGACAACAAUCAAAGUUGUAAGGUGAUCUCAGUUUGGGGAAUGGGUGGUCUGGGAAAAACCACUCUUGUCCGAAGCAUCUACCGAAGCCAAGAGCUUUCUGUCUGGAAGCAUGCAUGGGUCACUGCAUUGCGUCCUUUUAACCCUGAGGUACUCCUUAGAGAUUUGGCUUUGCAGCUUCAAAAAAGUAUUCAAGAAGAUACUGCUGGAGCAACAUCAACUAAAGGAAUAUCACUGAUGAAAAUUCAAGAGUUGAAGGUGGAAUUAGCUCGGCUAUUAAAAACACAAAAUUGCCUUAUUGUUCUUGAUGAUAUAUCAUCCAUUUAUGAAUGGGAUUUGGUGAAAGGGUGUUUGGAUAGUGCUGGAAGGAUCAUAAUCACGACAAGAGAAAGAAAUAUUGCUGAACACUGUUCAACAGUAUGCAAGAACAUGUACAGUCUUGAAGGUCUGAAAGGUGGUGCUGCACUUGAUCUCUUCACAAAGAAGGUAUUCAAGGACAAUACUGAAAAAGUUGAUUUAGCCCCCGCAAUGAUGGAGCAAGCACAGAUUAUACUGAAGAAGUGUGACGGUCUUCCCCUUGCAAUAUCAACCAUAGGUGGAUUUCUAGCCACUAAGCCAAAAACUGCUGUUGAAUGGAGAAUGAUGAAUGACCGUAUUAGUGCUGAGCUAGAGAUCAAUCCUGAACUUAGGACAAUAAAGACAGUUCUUAUUAGGAGCUACGAUGGUUUGCCAUAUUAUCUCAAGUCUGCUUUCCUGUACCUAUCAAUAUUUCAAGAAGAUCAAGUAAUUAGGUUGGAUCGUCUAGUGAGGCGGUGGAUUGCAGAGGGAUACUCACGAGAUAUUCAUGGCAUUACUGCUGAGCAGCUCGGUCACAGGUACUUUGAAGAGCUUUUGGAUAGGAGUAUGAUCCUGCCAGGGGAAGACGUAAAUGAUUACAAUGGCAAAAUUAAUUCUUGCCAACUUCAUGAUAUCAUCCGGGAAAUAUGCAUCUCAAAGGCGAGAGAGGAAAACCUUGUCUUCAAACUGGAGGAUGGGUGCUGUUUGAGUAGCACACAAGGUCCAAUACGCCAUCUUGUCAUAGGCAGCAACUGGAAAAGGGAUGGAGAUGCAUUGCCGGGUGUGCUGGACUUGUCUCAUGUACGGUCACUGACCGUGUUUGGAGACUGGAGACCGUUCUUCAUCUCCGAGAAUAUGAGGUUCCUCCGAGUGCUCGAUUUGGAAGACACACUAGGGUUGAGAGAUCAUCAUCUUAACCGUGUCGGGCAGCUCCAUCACCUCAAGUACCUUUCUCUACGAGGAUGUUUCAAUAUAUUCUGUCUUCCUCAUUCUUUGGGGAAUCUAGGGCACCUCCAAACACUGGACAUUAGAGGUACACGUAUAUGUGAGUUGCCAACAACAAUUACCAAUCUUGGGAAACUACAAAACCUUCGUGCACCUGAUUGUACGACUGGCGACGACAAUCUGCAUGGUGCUAAAGUUCCUAGAGGAAUUGGUCAUCUGAAGGCCCUGCACAAACUAGAUGGUGCCUAUGUUAAGGGGAAUGCCACCGUAAAAGAGUUUAGAGAGCUUACUGAAUUGCGUAAGCUUGGAGUGGUUGGUAUCAGCAGCAAAAACAGCAUGGAGUUCUGGUCUGCUAUUGCUGAUCACUAUCAUCUUCGAUCUCUUUCAGUGACAUGCAGCUCGUCGGCGGAUGAGUUAGAUGGUUGUGUGUGUGAGGGUUUGUCGCCACCAAGCUGGCUUGAGAGCCUCAAGCUGUACGGCAAGCUCGUCAGGGUAACAGAUUGGAUCCAUCAGCUUCCGAAUCUUUGCAAGUUGGUGCUUGGGGAUAGCUUUUUGGAGCAAGAUGAUGCCAUACGAGCCCUUGGGGUGCUACCAAAUCUUGCAGUUCUACGCCUGAAGAAUUAUUCAUUCUUGGGGGAACAACUCCAUUUCCAAAACUCGGCUUUCCCGAGUCUCGUGGUGCUGGAGCUUUAUUUCUUACUGAACCUUGAAUCGGUGCUGUUUGAAAAAGACGCAAUGCCUAGGCUUGAGCUGCUACAAGUUGGUACUUGCGACGAGCUGAAGGAAAUCUCCGGGCUAUCGGUUCUCACAAGCCUCAAGGAAAUUAGGCUGGGUGCUUUUGUGAAAUCAUUGAAGCCACAGAUGCUGAGCCAGCUAGGGGAGCGUCAGAAGCACGUCAUCGUGAAAGAUUUAUGA